AUGCUUAAACUUAUAACCGCGCCUUUUCAGAAGCAACAAGACGUCUCAAGGAACGCGCCGCGAAGGGUACUGAGGAAGGGUGUACGAUCAAGACACGGCGUGGACGACGUUUAUGCCGUGAAACGCCUAUCCGAGCCAGAAGCCACGACGAAUCCCAAAGACGCUCUUCAUGCGCUCCCAGUUCCAGAGAAGCCUGAGCUCUUCUCUCGAGCAUCAACUGAGUCUUCAGUCAUAUUCGGGGGACUUGAAACAAACCAGAACCAGGAUCAGAACGCCCAACUUGGUCGAUUGGUUGCUCCAGGAGACGACGGCUCUUCCUGCGAUUCACUUUCCUUAGGGGAUAUUCUUUCUGCGUUGCCACCCCAGCUCGGUACGGGAGAAGCAGAUCAACUCUCCAGUGAUUCUCCAAAUCUCCAUCAAUCGCUGCUCUUGGGGCCAGGCUGCCGAACCGUUCAACCUCUCUCCAACCCGCCUAUUGGAUCAUACGUUGUACUUCAAUUCGAAUCCAUGCAAUACCGAGUCAAGGUCGUUGAGGAUCUGGACGUCGUCUGCGAUGCUGUCCCCUUGGGAGUUGCCUGGUUUCCGACGUCGACCAAUUCUCCGUUGCAAAAAUCUGUGUACCUUACGUUGUUCUUCAACCGAAAACAAUACCUGGCACAGAUCUGCGAACCUUUGGGUCCUGUCGAGCCUUCUUUGGCGUCACCUGCUGAUCCAACGAAUCGCGGAGCCCCCUUGCUACAAUAUGGUCUAAUCCCGGGCAAAACUGCUGGACCAGCCUCUAUGAUAACGCCGAAGCCGAGGAAACAACAAAACACCAUGGACAGGAGUAAUACUCCCUACUCUCUCUCCUUCAAAACCGAUGAAAGAUCGCAUACAAAGUCCGAAUAUGGUCCACAUGCUAUCAAACGCCCUCUUCCUCCGCCCUACGAAUACGCAAGAGUUCAAGCUAAAGCUGCUGAAUGUGCAUCUCCCGCUCUCACUGAAAGCACUGAGGAUUACAGGACCGUUUUACCAAGGGAAAGCUUAUUCGCCACUUCAACGCACACCAAGAAACGUGAACUUGCGAACACUCUUGGAGUAAGCGACGACGAGGCCGAUUCCUCACCCCACGUGCCAGCUUCUCCUCACGCUAAUCCAACUUCGUCCACGUCGACUACAUCACGGCCGGUAAAGUGGCAAGGAUACAAAGAGAAAGUUCGUUCUGCAAAGUCAGCUACCCUUUCGAAUUAUGACUCCACUUCCCCGUCCGAUUUGGAGGUUGGCGAGGUAUUUGAAGCUACGAGCCACAAUUUUCACUCUGGAAAUAGAGCUGUUCGUGACCACUCUCAUAACGUCGAGCAUUCAUCGUCCCACGGUCAAGAAACCCAAGGCGGCGUCGCAAACAGCGAUUAUCAAAUCCCUUUUCCGACUAAAAAAAAUCAAAUCCCUUUUCCGACUUCAACAAAUACAAUCCCUUUUCUGAAUAUGACAAGUCAUAAUGCGCUGACGGCCACUCUAGGUUACUGCCCGACGGUUAUCGUCCACCCCUCUUCCCCGUUGACUCCACCACAGCCAAAAAAGUUACAGGACUACAAGGGAAAAGGUCGGGCCGCUACGCCAAGCGAAACUAUCCCUCCGGGUUCACCUCUACCUUCCCCCCGGACAGAUGCGCACAUUUACCAUUACUCAACCGUUAUGUCUGAAUUUGAGACCUUCCAGUUGAAUCAAGCUCUACAGAAUAGUCUUCGCCGUGAGGAUGAAGGCGUCUACAAUGGCCAUCAUGAUAAGAAUGCCGAGGCUUCGACAUCAUAUGAUCACUACGCCCAAGAACACUUGAAGAACCAGAAACCUGCGUCGGUUCCAAUAUCUCCGCCAUCUUACAAUAUAGCAUCCCUUUCGACUUACUCCCCGACCUCAACGUCUAGCUCCGAGUCUGUCCAGUUCCCUUCGGCUGUACAUAACGACUUGCACCACGAACACAGAGGGGUAUAUUAUUACCCGCAAAAUGCGCAGGCUUCGGCCUCGCAUGGUCACUUCGCCGAAGAACACUUUACGAAUCCCAAUUCAUAUCAACAAGGUGUAUAUGAUCACCCUCAAAACGCCGAAGCUUUUACCUCGAAUGGUCACUACACUCAAGAACCCUUUACGAACCACAACCUCUCCCAGCAGGAAGACAGAGGCGUAUAUUACUACCCUCAAAACGCUGGGGCUUCAAACUCGAAUCGUCACUACGCUCAAGAAAACUAUACGAACCGCAAUUUACAACCCGGCAACAGAUGGGAGGCCAUCCACACAAUUUGA